CGCAACAUGGUGACCAUUGAACAAGUUGUUGAAAACAACAAGCGUAGCUUGGACAUUAUUCAGUCCCUUAAGAAUGAGCUUUCGGCCAUUCGCCAUGAACUUAUUGCCAGAAAGAAAAAAGAACUGAUUGCCGAAAAUGCAGCGCUACAAAAACAAGUAGAAAUUGCCCGAUCACAAUUGGUGGCCUUGGAGAUUAAGAAUGGAAAGAAACAAAUUCCGGUGCCAGGUGCAUCGGUUGCCCAGUGCAGUGAAGUUUCAACUGACAAACCACAGGCCGCAAAGGCAGAAGAAACUCCCGCCACCGCCAAAGCACCGGCCAAAGAAAAGAAACCCAAAAAAGAAAAACCUGCAGCUUCCGAAAAUAACAAAAAGGAUGCUGCCCCCGAACUUCCCAUUGAUGUGGGACGUUUAGAUAUGCGUGUAGGUAAAAUUGUAGAGGUAUCUCGUCACCCCGAUGCAGAUAGUUUGUAUUUGGAAAAAAUCGACUGUGGAGAAGCCCAACCACGCACGGUGGUGUCGGGCCUCGUCAAAUACGUUCCCUUGGAGGAAAUGCAAAAUCGUAUGGUUGUUGUUCUCUGUAACCUUAAGCCGGCCAAAAUGCGUGGUGUCACCUCUGAGGCCAUGGUCAUGUGUGCCUCCACACCCGAAAAGGUUGAGGUAUUAAGUCCCCCGGCCGGAGCUGUUCCCGGGGACUUGGUCCACUGUGAAGGCUACCAACGUCAACCCGAUGCCCAAAUGAAUCCCAAAAAGAAAAUAUUCGAAACAUGUGCUCCCGAUCUUAAGACAAAUGAUCAGCUUGUGGCUUGCUAUAAGGGUGCCGCCUUACAUGUUCCUGGUAAAGGUAAUGUUGUUGCCCAAACUUUGAAAAACGUACAAGUGAAAUAA